GCGCCGUGCUCCGGCGCAGGCGCACAGGGGACGGUCGCUGGCCCAGGUGAGCGGGCGCGCUGGUUCAGGUGAGCGAGCGCGUCCCGGCGACGGCGCUGCCUGCCCAAGGCGGUUCCUGCCGGCUAGCCGGGAAGGAGGCGUGGAAAUGGAGCUGGCGGCUGCUGAGCCCGGGGCCCGCGCCGCUGCCUAGCGCGUCCCGGGGACUCUGUAGGGACGCGCCCCCCGCCGCGGCUCGGGGACCCGUAGAGCCCGGUGUUGCGCGCAUGGCCCUGCUCUCGCGCCCCGCGCUCACCUUCCUGCUCCUCCUCAUGGCCGCUGUUGUCAGGUGCCAGGAGCAGGCCCAGACCACCGACUGGAGGGCCACCCUGAAGACCAUCCGGAACGGCGUUCAUAAGAUAGACACGUACCUGAACGCCGCCUUGGACCUCCUGGGAGGCGAGGACGGGCUCUGCCAGUAUAAAUGCAGUGAUGGAUCUAAGCCUUUCCCACGUUAUGGUUAUAAACCCUCCCCACCGAAUGGAUGUGGCUCUCCACUGUUUGGUGUUCAUCUUAACAUUGGUAUCCCUUCCCUGACAAAGUGUUGCAACCAACACGACAGGUGCUAUGAGACCUGUGGCAAAAGCAAGAAUGACUGUGAUGAGGAAUUCCAGUAUUGCCUCUCCAAGAUCUGCCGAGAUGUACAGAAAACACUAGGACUAACUCAGCAUGUUCAGGCAUGUGAAACAACAGUGGAGCUCUUGUUUGACAGUGUUAUACAUUUAGGUUGUAAACCAUAUCUGGACAGCCAACGAGCCGCAUGCCGGUGUCAUUAUGAAGAAAAAACUGAUCUUUAAAGGAGAUGCCGACAGCUAGUGACAGAUGAAGACGGAAGAACAUAACCUUUGACAAAUAACUAAUGUUUUUACAACAUAAAACUGUCUUAUUUUUGUGAAAGGAUUAUUUUGAGACCUUAAAAUAAUUUAUAUCUUGAUGUUAAAACCUCAGAGCAAAAAAAGUGAGGGAGAAAGUGAGGGAAGGGCACACUUGUCUUCUCAGGUAUCUUCCCCAGCAUUGCUCCCUUACUUAGUAUGCCAAAUAUCUUGACCAAUAUCAAAAACAAGUGCUUGUUAAGCGGAGAAUUUUGAAAAGAAGAACAUAUAACUCGAUUUUCACAACCGUAUUUACCAAAAAAAGAGAUCAAAUAUAAAAUUUAUCAUAAGGAUCCAAUCUAGGAUACCACACUGAAUUAGUCGUCAUGCCUAAUUAGCCUCUGGUCUGUGAUAGUUCCACAGUCUUUCAUAACCUUGACAGUUUUGAGGAGUACUGGUCAGGUGUUUUGUAGAAUAUUCCUUAAUUUGGGUUUGUCUGAUGUUUUCCUCAUGAUUAGAGUGAGGUUAUAGAUUUUUAGGAAGAAUACCAGAGGUGAAGGUCCUUCUCACUGCAUCAUGUCAGGAGUUACAUGCUAUCAGCUUGAUGGUGUAUUAACUUUGGACACUUGGUUAAGGUAGUGUGUGUUGGUUUUGCUGCUGAAAAUUACUGUUAUUUUCCCUUUCCAUACUUCUGUUCUUUGGAAAACAGUCACUAAGUCCAGUCAUGGGAGGUGGUACGUGGGAAAGAUUACAUUCAACCUCCUGGAAGUGGGAAUAUCCAUAUGUAGUAUUUGGAAUUUUUCUAUAUGGAAAAUUUGUCUCUCCCUCCCACCCUAAUUUGUUUACAUCAGUAUGGACUCAUGUAUAUUUUGUAUUUUAGGUAACACAGUAUUUAUUUUGUUGCUUAAGUUGUCCAGCUUGGCUAUUAGGAGUUCUGCCAGGUUGGCUACUAUGUCCCUUUGAUGUGCCCAUCCUUUUGAUUUUUGAGCACUUCCUUACUUUCUGGCACUACAAGAUGCUCCAGGUUAAUCUUGUAUAUUCCCUGCCCCAACCCUAGAAUCCCUAGAAUCAACCCCUGCUCCAAAGAGCCCUGGUUCCUUUUGUUGGAGAAUCAUACUUAGAAACCAAGAUCUGGGCAUUAGAUGUGCUUGUUGCUACUGGGAUGUCACUGUUCGUAGCAGAGUUGAGAAAUACAUAUGUAUAUUAGCCCAUGCAUAUGUACACAUCUAUAAUUAUGUGUGUACAAAGCUAAACAUGAGUUUGUACUGCCAUCUUCAAUUCAAAAUUUGUCCCAAAAUUUUGUGGCAUAUAUUUAGAUUUUAAAGUUGAUAUUUUCCCUAUUGACAGAAAAAACAAGAACUAACUUUCAGCAGCUCUUUGCAAGAAAUGUAAUAUUUAUACUUUAAUACUGCCUUCAAAUGAUGCCUGUCUCUUUAAAAUCUUUUGACAUAGUUCUUCCAGGGACAGAUAUGGCCGUAUUUAUUUCAUAGAUGGAGAAACUGAGCAUAGAGCUGUAAUGAAGACAGAAUUGAGAUACAAGGCCAAAAGCUAAUUAAACACAUCCUCACAGGUAGCCUGUCUUUCAGUGAACCUGUAGACUAGUCCAAUAAUACUUACUAAGAUUAGUUGUUAGAGGCUGGGCGUGGUGGUUCAGGCCUGUAAUCCCAGCACUGUGGGAGGCCAAGGUGGACAGAUCACUCGAAGUCAGAAGUUCGAGACCAGCCUGGCCAACAUGGCAAAACCCUGUCUCAACUAAAAAUACAAAAAUUAGUUGGGCAUGGUGGCACAUGCCUGUAAUCCCAGCCACUCGGGAAGUGAAGGCACAAGAAUUGGUUGAACCUGGGAAGCAGAGGUUGCAGUGAGCUGCGAUUGCACCGCUGCACUCCAGCAUAGGCGUCAGAAUAAGACUGUCUUGGAAAGAAAAAAAAUUGUUAGCCUAAAACCAACUCCCUCUAAACUUAAAAGAGUGAUUAUUUCUCUCAGUAUUUAUAGAAGUAUGAGAUUAUCAGAAGGUGUGAUGCACAAUGCUCAUUAUUUUAUCCUAGUACAAGACAGGUAUAACAGCUAACAGUAAAGAAGAUGGAAUCUUUCUAUAAAAACAAUUCUGUUAUUAAUAGUUGACUGACUUCAGUAACUUUGAGGAGUAGAAUGAAAUUAGGCAAGAUAUUUCCACAUACACUACAUUGUAUUGUUCAAAAUUCAUAGAAAUUACUUGGAAUAUAUUGAUUUAAGCCUUAUGUAGUGACUGUUGCUAUAUUUGAAGUAGCAUUUUUAGUUUGCUGUUUUUCCUCACUGCAUAAUCCUACAAAAACCAGCCAUCUGCCUAAAAAAUAAAAGAGCAAAAAUGAAUCAGUGCAACCGGUAUAUGAAAAAUAAUAGUUAUUAAUAAAACUGUAAAGGGA